AUGUAUCAAAACUCUGGUAAGGGAUCCGAAAAGGUAAACGAACCAAGCAAUGAUGGAAAAGAAGACGAAAAUGGAGAUGCAAAAGAUAAAGAACUGCCUUAUUUGCCUCUGCCACCAUACAAACCACUUGUACCUUAUCCCGAAAGACUUGUUAAAUCCAAAAAUGAAGGACAAUUCAAGAAAUUCGUAGAACUUCUGAAGCAACUUAACAUCAUUAUACCAUUCACAGAAGCCAUUUCGCAAAUGCCUUCAUAUGCUAAAUUCCUUAAAGAGAUUCUGUCCAACAAGAAAAAUCUUGGGGAUAACGAAACCGUUAUGCUUACUGCCGAGUGUAGCGCUAUUAUUCAAAACAACAUGCCUCCUAAACUGAAAGACCCUAGUGGUUUUUCCAUACCACGUGUAAUCGAUAAAUUUAUCAUAGACAAAGCUCUAUGCGAUUUAGGAGCCAGUGUUAGUCUAAUGCCCUUAUCCACAUGCGAAAAACUCAAUCUAGGAGAAUUAAGACCAACCAAGAUGUCUCUACAACUAGUUGACCGCUCUGUUAAGUUCCUAAUAGGUAUGCUAGAGAGCGUUCAUGUUCGUAUAUGA